AUGAAGAUAGUUAUAAUAGGCGCAGGUAUCUCGGGCCUUGCAUCAUAUCUUUCUCUUAAGAAACACCUGCCGCGACCUUCCACCCCAGCUGCAGAUCAUGUCUACACUAUAUACGAGGCUUACGACACAGACAAAGACAGCACUUUUGAGCAGCGCUUGUCAUCUUCCAGAACUGAAGCCAAUCUCCCUACUUCAACUCUAAUCGUCGGGGGGGGUCUAGGCAUCGCACCGAAUGGGGUGAAUGUGCUUCGACGCCUUGAUUCCGAUUUGCUGAAAGACAUUGUUACUGGUGGUUACGUUAUAUCCAAAUAUAACUUGAAGUCCAAACACGGAACACUCCUGAUGGGUCUCGACCCUCAGGUCCCUGCUUACGAUGAUGCCGAUAAUGAAAAUGAGGGUGAUAGAAAGAUGAUCCAUACAGUGGCUACGAGUCGUCAUUCACUAUGGCGCUGUCUGCGCACGCGAGUUCCUGAUGGAAUUAUUAGUAAAAAGCGAAUCUCGCAAGUGAUAGCAGGCUCAAAUGGUGGACCAGUCACUGUCAGAUUUGAAGACGGCAGUAUGCCAGUUGAAGCCGAUAUGGUGAUUGGAGCAGAUGGGCUUCGCAGUACUACCAAGAACGCAUUGUUUCCGGAUAUCAAGGGAGAUAUAUAUCCACCUCAUUAUGAGGGAUUAGUCGGCAUUGGCGGCUUUGUAACUGCCCCGCCGCAUAUUCGCGAAAAAGCUGGCAAAGGCACAAUGAGUUUCGUUUUUGGGGGGAAUGGAUUCUUCGGCUACUUCCCAGCUGCUAGCUCUCCUUCAUCUCAUCGUGAUUCGGUCAGUCAUGUUUCCGAACCGAGUAAUCAGCUAGGAUGGUGGUCAACGUACGCAAUGGAGGAAUGUCCUACAGAUCUACGCAAUGUCAAUGGGGAAGAAAUCAUCAAAGACCUGCGUGCCAGGUAUCGUCACUGGAGUGAUCCAGUUAUUCAACAGAUAAUCAGUGAUGAGGAGUUGAACAUCAAACACAUAUAUCCAACUUGGACCGCUCCUGAAAUACCGACUUGGGAACGGGACGGUGUGGUGCUAGUCGGUGAUGCAGCACAUGCGCUGCCAUCCACUUCAGGACAAGGAUCAUCACAAGCUCUGGAAGAUGCUGAAGCAUUCACUUUGUUUCUUUCUCAUGAACUUCGCAAUAUGUACCAGAACCCUCUUGAGUCUCAGGCUGCAACUGAGAGAAAAGCUGUCACGACAGCAGCCAAGCGAUAUGUGGAGCUCAGGAAGCCGCAUGUGAAGAAAAUAUUUGACCGUGCGAGAAGUAUGCAGAAUCGCAAGAAAGACAUGUCGAUCUUCGAGGAGUAUUUUAUGUAUGCUUUUAUGUGGAUUAUGGGUUGGUUUCCGUCUGUUAUGUCCAAACCACAGCAGGAGGUGGCUUCCUAUAACGUCAGGAAAGAAGUUGAAAGGGUACUUGAACAAAGCUGA